UGAAAUUAUCAAAUGGUAAUAGAAUUUGGUGGGGCCAGGCACUGAGGUUGCACAUGUGAACCAUCAAACGGUUCAAAAACAAGGGUAGGAUGUAGGCAAUCAUGGCUUCCAAGCACACGAACUGCACGUGAACUGGGAGCUGCCACAGAAGUCGGACCGAGAGCGUGCACAUAAAAGCAUUGGAAUGGAACAACAGGCAUUUAAGACGCCCCCAUCGGCCUUCGCUUUGGUUACUUCUAGUACAAUUUAUUCUUACUGUGCACAACCACAGAAAAACAUGGAACUCGAUAGGAACAAGGUUGAUGGAAUUUGAAUAUAACGGCUAUAUAUUUGUAUAUAAACCAUGUGAUGUAAUAAACUCCGACCAAGAUAUCUCGUGAAAGCAAGAUCAGCGCCCAGAGCUUCAGCUCCUCAACAAAGAAACUCUCCCCAACAAAGGAUCCCCGUGAUGAAGAGCCCUUAAACCUCACGAGUUUCAUCUUCUUCUCCCAGAAAUGCUUCCAAGAACUCGUUUUCAAAUUCUCACCCAUCACCUUCAAAUACCCCUGCAACUCAUUCCCAAGCACAUGCAGUUUAACCAAGCCACACAAGUCUUUAUCUUUCCAUGGAAACCAAACAAAUUUUCUUCUUCUUCACCUUCUUCCACUACUUAGUUUCCCUUCAUGCCUCUGAUCUCCAGACCUACAUUGUUCAGUUACACCCACAUGGGAUGCUCAACUCAGCCUUCAGUACAAGGCUGGAGUGGCAUCUCUCAUUCCUCGACCGAAUCGUUGCUUCAGAAGAUACCCCGUCUUCCCGCCUUCUCUACUCGUACCAUUCUAUCAUGGAAGGUUUCGCAGCUCGUCUCUCGCAGUCUGAAUAUGAAGCCCUGAGAAGCAUGCACCAUGUCAUUGCAAUUCGACCCGAUCAUGUUUUCCAGUUACAGACCACUUACUCCUACAAGUUCUUAGGACUAAGCCCCACAGAAGAUGGUUCUUGGUUGCGGUCAGGCUUCGGUCGUGGUACAGUCAUAGGGGUACUUGACACUGGAGUGUGGCCUGAGAGUCCGAGCUUCAAUGAUCAUCUGAUGCCUCCAGUGCCCAAGAAGUGGAAGGGGAUCUGCCAAGAGGGAGAGAACUUCAACUCUUCCAACUGCAACCGCAAGCUCAUAGGUGCCCGGUUCUAUACUAAAGGGCACAUGACAUCUUCACCUCUCCCAAAACCAACUGAAGUAACAGAAUACAUAUCCCCACGCGACUCACACGGCCACGGCACCCACACAUCAUCGACGGCAGCAGGAGCUUCUGUCCCAAUGGCAAAUGUGCUAGGAAAUGCUGCAGGCGUGGCUCGAGGUAUGGCGCCCGGGGCCCAUGUUGCAAUAUAUAAAGUCUGUUGGUUCAAUGGCUGUUAUAGCUCAGACAUUCUAGCAGCAAUGGACGAUGCAAUUAGAGAUGGAGUUGAUGUCCUCUCCCUCUCUCUAGGCGGCUUUCCAAUACCACUUUUUGAUGACAGCAUUGCAAUAGGCAGCUUUAGAGCUAUGGCAAGGGGUAUUCUGGUAGUUUGCGCAGCUGGUAACAACGGUCCAAUCCCAAGUUCAGUUGCCAAUGAGGCUCCUUGGAUAACAACUGUCGGUGCCAGUACACUUGACCGGAGAUUUCCGGCCAUUGUGCGGCUUGGCAAUGGUCAAUUCCUCUAUGGAGAGUCUCUGUAUCCAGGAGACCAGUUGCCCAACAGUGAGCAAGAGCUUGAGCUGGUGUAUGUGACUGGCGGGGAUAAGGGGAGUGAACUUUGCUUCAAAGACUCCCUCCCAAGAGCUCAAGUCCGUGGGAAAAUGGUAGUUUGUGACAGAGGUGCCAAUGGAAGGGCCGAAAAGGGACAAGUUGUGAAGGAAUCUGGCGGUGCUGCGAUGAUUGUAGCAAAUACGGAGCUCAACCUGGAGGAGAAUUCAGUUGAUGUUCAUGUCUUGCCAGCAACACUGAUUGGCUAUACAGAAGCUUUACAAUUGAAGAGUUACAUAAACUCUACAAGGAGACCCAGAGCUCGAAUUUUAUUCGGAGGAACAGUGAUUGGGAAAAGCAGAGCACCAGCAGUUGCUCAGUUUUCAUCGAGAGGGCCAAGUUUAACCAAUCCUUCAAUCAUCAAGCCAGACAUUAUUGCUCCUGGAGUAAACAUCAUUGCUGCCUGGCCUCAAAACUUGGGUCCCUCAGGCCUACCAGAAGAUUCAAGGAGAGUGAAUUUCACUGUUUUGUCAGGGACAUCCAUGGCUUGUCCUCACGUGAGUGGGAUUGCUGCUCUGGUACGUUCUCUUCACCCUGACUGGAGCCCUGCAGCAGUUAAAUCUGCAAUCAUGACAACAGCUGAGGUGACAGACCAUUGGGGAAAGCCAAUCAUGGACGGAGAAAAACCAGCACAAGUGUUAGCAAUUGGAGCUGGACAUGUAAACCCUGAUAGAGCAAUUGACCCAGGGUUGGUCUACGAUAUCAGGGCAAGUGAAUAUGUAACUCAUCUCUGCACUCUUGGAUACACAAGUUCACAGAUUUUCACCAUCACUCACAUGAAUGUGAGUUGCCAUGAAAUCAUGGCGAAGAGCAGGGGUUUCAGCCUUAAUUACCCCUCCAUGUCUGUGACUUUCAAGGCUGGGAAAACAAUGAAGAUGAUAAGAAGGCGACUAACAAAUGUGGGUUCCCCUAAUUCCACUUACUCAGUGGAGAUUAUGGCACCUCCAGGGGUCAAAGUAAUAGUUAAACCACAACAUUUGACAUUCAAUCAUGUAUACCACAGUUUGACAUACAAUGUCUGGUUUAUAUCCAAGAAGGGACCAGAGAAGCUCACAUACGCAGAAGGAUACUUGACAUGGGUACAUACUCAACUCAGCCAUCACAGGGUAAGAAGCCCAAUUUCAGUUACUUGGACAAACAAGCAGCAGUAGUAAGAGUAAGAAAUCCUUUGGCAAUAGUAUUGUCUAAGGUGACAUUGAUGGUUUAUCUGAAUUCAGUUUGUAUUAUUGGCUCUAGUAGAAUUACAUAUAGGAGACAAAAGUGAAGCUUCUUUAUCGUUCGAUAGAGGGAAAAGUCAAGUCACUGUCAUAUUAAGUUCUAGAAAAUGUAUUGUGUUCCUAUUAUUCAAUAUUGGAUUUAUUUGAAUCUUCAAAUAGUCAAAUUGAUUGUUUCAAACCACCAGUACUGAAUGCCCGGCAUAUUCCACUCUUCAUUUAAUGGAAUACUCUAACCAAAUUCUCAUUAUAUCAGACAUAGAAUAAGAUGGGGAAGUACAGGUUUUGAGUGUCAGAAUUCUUCAAUGCAUAAAAUCUAUUACCUAACUUGUCUGGUACUAAGUUGCAAAAUAUUUGGAAGAUAAGAAAAUAAAUGUCCCUUAAAAGGCCACAUAUAAUGCUCUCAUAUAAGUAGUCUCAUUUCACUUAGAUUUACAAAUUAGCCAGGCUUGCAUCUUAUUCUUAUAUAGCACACGUAAGCAUUACUGCACAAUGCUAAACAAAGUGAAGCCAUAUUUUCAGGAACAAUGAGAUUUUGAGAAUUUCCAUGU